AUGAGAUAUUAUCGCAACUCUAAAUUUCGUGUAUUUAUCGCAUCAAUAUCUUGCCAUAACAAGAUGGGAUUAGGUCAAUCAUACCUCUACAUCUAUUUAGAAUCUAAGGAUGACAAAUAUGGCGAAAGCAUAGACGCCAAUAACAGAUACGAGGUUACCUCUACCAAAGGAAUACUAACAGAAUGUGAUAGUUUUGAAGUUGUUACCCAUAAAAUCGACGUUAGGAAACCGAAUGAUAUGAUUUAUGAUAUUUACAUAUAUGACAGUAAAAGAAUAGCAACUAAAGCUUCUUAUAUCUUCGCGUACUGUUCACCUACCGUAAAAUCCCAUGUAGUCAAAGAGGUCAAAGUUUAUUAUUCAGUUUUAGCACCUCAUAAACCGCUUGCCAUUACGUUUGUUAGAGAAAAGGAAGACACACAUCACUGUGAUAUUGAUAAACUAAGAAAAGUCGGAUGGGAUUGGGCUAAAAACAUAACAGAACAUGCUUCAUCAAACCUGGUAGAACUUUUAAAGCAACAGUACAAGAAUUUUGCAUGGGAUAGAACAAUAGAAUUUGAUCAAGGAAAUAAGCCAACUUCACAAGUUAUAGUAUUCCCAAGGGCAAUAGAUGGCAUACAUUACAGACUUGUAUUCAUACCAAAUCAAGGACACCCUGUUUUAAACAGAAGUUGUCUAUUUAAUUUUAAUACUGAACAUAAAUCUGGAACCGGUGACAGCUUUGUUCAAAAUGGAUGCCAAUCUUCAUCUUCAGGAGAUAAAAAUAAGUUAGAUUCGUAUUUUCUAGAGAAAGUAAAAAGUAAAUUAUACUUUAAUGGCAUUAUAGUAUACUUUGCUAGAAAAGAGGAGAAAAAUAAGGUGUCACUUGAUGAAAAACACGACGAUAAUAUGGCAUUACUCGUUGAGUUUAUUAAUUCAUGUGAAACAAUAGGCAUUAAGAGAAAAGAUAAAGAUGGUUGUUUGUGGGCCGAAGAAAAAGUUGUUUAUACUGACCAGCAAUCACGGGUGAAUGCAUUGAAAAAAAUUAAAGAAGAGGCAGAAAGUUAUAAUUGCAACACAGUCAUUAUUGAACACAAAUCCAAUUACACUUGUGGUACAACUGUUACAACUGAGACUAAAACCUCUUACAAUAAGUACACACAUCAAUUUACAGUUGAAAAGGAGCUUAAUAUCUUAUUCGAAAGAAAAACAAUAACUAUUGAUUCUUUCUCACCAUCAUCAAUCCAAACUAAGAAAGUUGAAGUAUUUUAUUUAAAGUAUAAAACGAAAGAUAAGGGAGAACAGGAUGAUGGAAAACCCUUUUUAAUCGCAAUUUAUAAAAAUGGUGAAGAUAAACCUGCUAAAGUAUUCCACUUUACGUUAAAAGAAGAUUUUAAAGAAUGGAAAGAACUAGAAGCGGGAAAAUUUAAAGAUAAAUUCACCAGAAUAGAUAAUGAAACAAAAUGUACCACUGAGUUACAUUAUCUUAAAAUUUUGGUUUACCAAAUAUUAACUACCGAUGUAUCCCAACCUCCUCCUGAACCUCCAACACCGACCGAUCCAGUAAGACCAGGGGUGGAUCCGGAGAUACCACCGCCACUUCCAGGACCAGAUUGGUGGUUGAUCAUAGGAUGCAGUGUAGGAGGGUUCCUCUUACUAGUGGCUUUAGUAGUUGGAUACGCUAUCUACUGGUACAACACAACAAUCAGGCUAUUGACGUAG